CGCAAAGCGAGUAAUAUACCGGGCACAUAGUACAUCUGGUGGCUAACACGAAAUAACGUAUCGUAUACCGUAUCGUAUACUGUACCGGUUCCACCGGUUCCGUUGAUACGUAGUCAACCAUGAAGCAUUCUGCUCCGAAAUCCCGAUAGCACCGAUGCAUUACCGAAACUACUCCACUAACCAAUUUUACGAUCUGACUGGUUUGAACUAGUUAAAAAAGCUAAAACGGGGGUACCUUGAUAUAAUAUGGCGGGAAACCUAGCAUGGUGGGGCCCUCUGACGACCCAAAAGAAUCGAUGGAGAUACCAACCCUGGGGUACGAGAUAGGGAACCUGGUUAGGGUUAGCAAUCAAUUUUCAGUCAGAGUCUGCGCAGACAUGGAUUCGAGUACAAGAAAUGGCGUCCACCCCAAGAGUUUACCUUUUUUCGGGUGGUCAACCAGCUACAUUCAACCACCCUCGGCCAAACGCAUCAGUCUGACCCGGUACGGGUAUAAGGAAAAGUACUAACCCUAGUCUGGGAACGGUUGGCUUCUCAGUAUCUUCACUUCGCGUCUCGUCGACCAAGACCAAACGAUCACAAACCACACUCCAUGCCCUAUCAGGAUUUAUAUUGUCCGUCGGACGAUCCGCCGCCCUAUGAACUAAUCGCAAGCCAUGGGAUGCAAGGUGGAACGGAGGUCGAUGCGGACGGGCGGAUUGAAGUCGACCUUGACUCGAAGGUCUGUAAGGCCGUGGCAAAGUUCAUCCCAUUGCCCGGCGAAGAGGACCUACGCUAUCCGCCUCCCACCUACCCCAGCUUCGCCACAGGCGAGAUCAGGCUCAACAUUGUGAUCCACGUGGUCGGGAGCCGAGGAGAUGUGCAGCCAUUUAUCGCGUUAGGCAACGAACUGCAGAAACACGGACAUCGAGUGCGUCUUGCGACACAUAAUGUUUUCGGUACCUUUGUCAGGGAUUCAGGGCUCGAAUUCUAUCCCAUCGGCGGGGAUCCAGCCGAGCUUAUGGCAUACAUGGUUAAGAAUCCGGGGCUGAUUCCACAGAUGAAGAGCUUGCGGGCUGGCGACAUCCAGAAGAAGCGUGCCAUGGUGGCCGAGAUGCUACACGGGUGCUGGAAGUCUUGUAUAGAAGAUGAUCCAAUGUCGCAGACGCCGUUUGUGGCAGACGCUAUUAUUGCUAAUCCACCUAGCUUUGCACACAUCCACUGCGCGCAGGCCCUGGGGGUACCGGUCCAUUUAAUGUUUACUAUGCCGUGGAGCAGCACCAAAGCCUUUCCACAUCCGUUGGCAAACUUGAAACAUUCAGAUACCAGCCAGCCGAUCGCUAACUAUCUUUCAUAUGGCAUCGUGGAGUGGAUGACAUGGCAGGGGUUAGGAGACGUGAUCAACAAAUGGCGAUCAGAGAUAGACUUGGAGCCAGUGCCUGCCACCGAAGGGCCCAGUUUAGCAGAAACCCUCAAAGUGCCCUUCACCUACUGCUGGUCACCGGCUUUGAUGCCGAAGCCUAGGGACUGGCCCUCACAUAUUGAUGUCUGUGGAUUUUUCUUUCGGGAAACCCCCAGCUACACCCCUCCUCCGGAGUUAACAGCCUUCCUGCGCGACGGACCGCGGCCGGUAUACAUUGGCUUUGGUAGCAUUGUUAUUGACGAUCCCGAGAAGUUCACAGCGACGAUCCUUGAAGCAGUUCGCAACGUUGGAGUACGCGCCAUCAUCUCCCGUGGUUGGAGUAAGUUAGGCGGAGCACCUUCGCGCAAUAUCUUCUACAUAGAUGACUGCCCGCACGAGUGGCUAUUCCAGCAUGUUGCUGCUGUUGUCCACCAUGGUGGUGCUGGCACGACCGCCUGCGGUCUGCGAAACGGUUGUCCGACAACCAUCGUCCCUUUCUUCGGAGACCAGCCUUUUUGGGGCAAUAUGGUGGCUGCGUCGGGCGCCGGCCCCAAACCAAUACCGUACCGUGAAAUUAAUGCACAUAAUUUUGCACAGGCCAUCGGGUUUUGUCUGCAACCUUCUGCAUUAGCAGCUGCGCAGGAUAUGGCUAUGAGAAUGCGGUUGGAAUCAGGUGUUCAGGCGGCCGUGGCUUCAUUUCACAGGCAGCUGCCAUUGACACGAAUGAAGUGUCAAAUCUUACCCGACCAGCCUGCUGUUUGGGAAUUCAGGAAGUCCUUCUCAGAACCAGUCUAUAUGUCAGGUAUUGCCGCACAGAUCCUGUUGGAAAGUAGACGGAUCGAUGCAAAACAUAUACAUCUCCAUAACAUGAACCCGAUAGUAAUCGACAAUCGACGAUGGGAUCCCAUCACUGGUACCGCAUCUGCCACUGUUGUAACGGGCGCCAACAUGCUCAAACACGGCACGGAUAUCUUCUAUAAACCGAUCAAAGAGAUUCACCGCGGUUGCUCCCCUAAUUCUUCGCCUAGUGCGUCUCUACCUGAGCUCUCCCCGGCGAGGGGCGCGGGCUCGCCUGGUGGGCAAUCCAUGAGAGAUAUGCAGCCUCAUCCUGGGCGCCCAAGAACAGGUGCCGGGACGACGGGUGCCGCUUUUGCAGCCAGUGGAAAGAGCCUUGGCAAGUUCGUGGGCUAUGCAUACAAAGGGGCGGUUGUUGAUAUCCCACUCGCAACCACCGAGGGGCUGCGCGCAGUGCCACGCCUGUAUGGCGAGGAUGUGAGAGACCUUGGUCCUGUACGGGACUGGAAAUCUGGUGUUGCUAUUGGUGGCAAGAGCUUUGCUUACGGUGUCGCUGGUGGUCUUACGGAUAUCUUCGUUCAGCCAUAUAAGGGAGCCAAGGAUGAGGGUGCCAUAGGUGCGGCGAAGGGUAUCGCCAAAGGGACGAUUGGUACUAUGACGAAAGUUGGGUCUGGUAUGUUGGGCUUGGUAGCCUACCCCGGACAUGGAAUCUGCAAGAGUAUUCAAGCCACGGGACGAUCAGGGACAAGGAAACAAAUUGUUAACGCACGGGGAAGAGAGCGAGAGUUUAUAGCACGAAGAGCCGUUAAUGCGGGUUUAGACCAGAAGGCCAUAGUUUGGACCUUUGAUACAGUGAGGCGCGGGAAGCGAAACCAACGUUGAAACACUUUGAGCAGGAUGGGGUGUAUUGGCAGUUGGCCGACGUGUUCAAGUGACUUUGUCCGUACGGGGGCUCGUUUCACAAGGAUACUUCUUUUUUGCCGUGAUUUAUGUCACUUUGCCCUUGACUGAAGACCGAAAGGGCUUCUUACAAUAGACGUUUAUGAAUGAACAGUAUGAUAGAGCUUCCUUUAACACAUGGGAGAAUUGAC